GAGUGAGUAAAGACCAGCUCGAGUCUGGCUUGUUAUUGAGCAGUACGAGCUCCUUAUAUACAUGUCAGACUCAAUACCUAGAAUAUCCUACGAAUAUACGGAGGUGUGUAGAAAGUAAAAGAAUACUAUGGAAUCCGGGAGAACCAUCCAAAAUGCGUAAUAUUCAUGACACGUCGGCCCCUUCCUCGCGUUGUGCGUGCCCAUCGUAAGCCCUCGUAAGCCUCCCCUUCCCUCUUCUCUACGUUUCCUACCCAGCCUGCCCGCGUGCUCACGUCGCCUUAACCCGUCCCCAGCCCUUCUUCCUGCUGCUCACCUUCAGCUACAAGCUCAUCUACCAGACGAAGCUCGUCGCGCUCCACGACAUGGACUUCUCGCGCGUGAAUGUGGCCGAUGACAAUCAGCGCAACCCGGAUUACACCUCCCCGCUCGUGCGCACGCGCGCUGGGCUGGCUGCUCGUCAGCCGGAGCACCCGGCUGCCCCCCCCCCGCCUGCCCGCCCGGGAACGUGUCUAUAUGAGGGCUUCGGAGGCACAUCUGCCCUUGCUCCGCUGCUGUAUGUCAGCCGUUUAUGCAUGUUAUAUAUGUAUGUAUUAGUGUAUUUUCGGCGUGAACUUGUGGCAUGGCAUGGUACACAGGAAGCUAUGAACGCACCGGCCUGUCCACACGCCUGCAGGUUUCUUGGUUGAACUGCCCUCACGAGAGAAAUUUGGAACUUUUUUGUCACAG